AUGGAGUAUAGCAGCUUUCUCGAGAUCAGAGGCGGGCAAUUCAAAAAGUUCACAAAGGUUUUCAUGCAAUUGAGUGACCAGGUUCUUCAUGUUUAUACUCAUAGCGACAAAGCAAAAGAGCGACUAGUGAUACCUAUAGUCUCUGGCAUCUUUCAUAAAAAGCUAUCGUGGCUUAAAAAGUUUCCCAAAGAAUCAGAAGAACUUGCUUUUGAAAUUUGUUACGACAAAAUAUACCAAUUUAUCUCACCCUCGUACCUUGAGUAUUCCGCGUGGCUAGCGGUCAUACCACUUGGUAUGAAGUGCAAUGAAAUUUUUGGUAUUCCGUUAUCCAUUGGUGUGAAGAAAAGUGGUUGGAGAUUUCCACUUCCCUUAUAUCGUUGCAUCGACUACCUUGAACGUAACAACGGUGCUAUGACUGAGGGUAUUUUCCGAAUAUCCUCAUCAAAUGAUGAGCUAAAAAGAGUCAAAGAAAUGUUUGAUGGUGGUAUGGACAUUGAAUACAAGAAUAUAGGCGAUGUCCAUGUAGCGUCUGGUGUUAUCAAAUCGUAUUUGCGAGAGCUUCCAGACUCAGUGAUACCAAAGACAAAAUACAACGAGUUUUUAGGGUUAGCAACCACUUCCAAUAUAGAAAAGGAGCUCAAGUCCAAAAUCGAAGCACUUCCUGAUGAAAACAAAAACAUUCUUUGGUUGUUAAUAAGGUUCUUAAGGAAAGUCACUGACAACACUGAAUUGACUCAAAUGACACCAAAUAACUUGGCUGUGUGCUUUUCACCUUCCCUCUUUAGAAGUCCAGACAAUGACGCAACACGAGAAAUGACUGAUGCUGCAAUGCUAAGAAAAGUUAUCAUCACAAUGAUUGAAAAGUACAACGACGUCUUUAUGGAUGUGGAUAAAAGAAAUGUGCAGAUGGGUGUUAUUCCCCCACACUACCCCGCUGUUAUCCCAAAACAACGACUUAUCAAA